AUGGCUAUCAAGGUAUUUGUCUUGGCUUUUGUACUCCUCCAAAUUUCAUCAACAGCUCUUGAGUUAUCCACCGACUUCAUCCGGCGUGAUUCACCGUCGUCUUCUAAUGCCAUCCACCGAAGUGUUUCGCGUUUGUCACAUUUGAAAUCGCUUUAUUCGAACAUAGACUCUGAAUUAUGGUCAGCUUCGGGCGAUUACUUUAUGGAGGUCUACAUUGGCGAGCCUCCUCUAAAGCAGCUCUUAAUAGCUGAUACAGGUAGUGAUCUAACUUGGACACAAUGUAGCCCGUGUUCCAGCUGCUUUAAACAGGAACUGCCGAUUAUGGAUCCGAAGAAGUCCGCCUCAUAUAAGCUACUUCCAUGUAAUUCGUGUUUGUUCCAAGCCUGCGGGAAUGAAGGCAGCUGUCCGUACCAACGUGACUACGCGGAUCACUCCUUUAGUAAAGGAGUGCUCGGAUUGGAUAUGUUUACUCUCGGGGGAACAUCGAUCCCGAGAUUGAUAUUUGGAUGUGGAAGGAACAAUCACUUCACAUCGGAACAACAGGCUUCUGGUAUUAUAGGGCUCGGAGGUGGUAACUACUCAUUUGUUGGGCAGCUACGAGAAUCGAUAGGAGAUAAAUUUUCUUAUUGCCUUUCAUCAAAUGUUACAUCGGGCUCCAGAAGCCGAAUCAACUUCGGUUCUAUCGCAGAAGUGUCGGGGUCAGGGGUGGUCACUACCCCGAUGAAUAUGAUCAAGAUGGGUGGUGAGGACACGUUUUAUUUCAUCACCUUGGAAGCUAUCAGUGUAGGCGAGAGUCUAUUGGAAUCGGUCAAUGUGGUUAAACAAGGAAAUAUCAUAAUCGACUCUGGCAGCACCUAUACUCACUUUCCUAGAGAUAUUUACCAAGCCAUGGAGGAUGCGAUAAAAACCACGGUUAAGGCUGAGCCAGUUGACGGUUCAUUAGACAUCUUUAAACUUUGCUAUAUUGACAACAAUAUAACUAUUCCACCUAUCAUUGCACAUUUUGCGGGUGGUGCUAAUGUGACAUUGUUGCCAACAAACACCUUCCUUCGAGUCGAUGAUAAGUUAUGCCUUGCCAUAUUUCCCGCGGAUCAUAUUUACAUAUUUGGCAACUUGGCUCAAUCUGACCAUCUAAUUGGGUAUGAUCUUGAGAGGCAACAAAUAUCUUUCAAGGCAACUAAUUGUACCGUGCACUCCUCCAACUCUAAGCCUCGAGGAAAUGGGUCAUCUUCCAUUUCUAACAAUGAUGAGUCGCAGGAGGAACUUGAUGCAACACUUCUUGUUCGUCACUAUCUGGACAUCAACCAAUCUCCGUUACAGGCAACACAAUAA